AAUGAAGCCCUUUCCACAUCUCUCUCUCUACAAUAAAAGUUUAUAAACCAAGUUAAAAAUGUUUCCAGGAAAUUAAUCAAAUUAAAAGACUUUACUUACCCUUUUUGUCGGGCAGCUCAUUAUACGGUUUGAUUAAUUUGUCUUUCGAAAACAGAAGAUUCGUUUGACGUGUAUUUUACGUACAUUUUACCAAAACGAAAAAGCAGAGACGUGUUGGAAACACACAAAUUCGAUCUCUCUUUUGUGAAUUUGUCAACGAGGGCUUUUGGAGAAGAAGAUGACCAAAGCAGUGUCCUUUGUGAUCUUCUUCGCCCUAAUCUUCGUCACCUCCCAUGCCCAAUCGAUCAUUUUUAACCCCCAGCCUCUACCAUCCUUCAAGAUCAACGAUACCCAGAGUGUUGCUGCGAGUUGUUCUUACACGGCGACCAUAAGGACGAGCUGUUCUUCACCCACAUACACUCGGGAUCAGAUCAGUCUUUCUUUUGGAGAUGCUUACGGCAAUCAGGUAUAUGCACCGAGGCUAGAUGAUCCAUCUACAGGCACGUUUGAGCGGUGCUCUGUAGACACAUAUCAGAUAACCGGGCCAUGUCUGCAUCAGGUCUGUUACUUGUAUCUGUACAGGAGCGGAUACGAUGGUUGGAAACCAGAGUCGGUGCAGGUCUAUGGGUAUUAUACCGGAGCUGUUACCUUCUACUAUAACACUCACAUACCCAAUAAUGUUUGGUACGGGUUCAACUACUGCAGUGGUGCUUCCACCCCCAAACCGGCGGUGAAGUGGUUUGGGCAUGUGUUUCAGGUGGUGUUUUGUUUCCAGUGUUGGAAAGGUCUGUUUGGUUCAAUGUGAUGAUAAAAUGUUCCAAUCCAGUAGGUUUUUUGCUUGUAUUUGAUGGUCAAUAAGAGUGGGACUCCAAUUUUAUGAAGCAAUUUUUCGUGUGUUUUUA